AUGUCCAGCGUUCAAGUCCAGACCUCCGUGCUCCACGGCGCGAGGGAUCUCAAGAUUGAAGAAAGAGCUCUGCCUGCUCUUGCAGCUGGCGAGGUCCAAGUCGCUGUCAAGGCUACGGGACUCUGCGGUUCCGACUUGCACUACUACAACCACUUCCGCAACGGCGACAUUCUCGUCAAGGAGCCCCUUACUCUUGGCCACGAAUCUAGCGGUAUCGUUACUGCUGUCGCCUCUGAUGUCACAAAUCUUGCCGUCGGAGAUCACGUUGCGCUCGAGGUCGGCCAGCCAUGUGAGGCCUGUGACCUGUGUGCCGUUGGGCGAUACAACAUCUGCAAGGGCAUGAAGUUCCGCAGCUCUGCCAAGGCCUUCCCUCACGCUCAGGGAACUCUUCAGGAGCUCGUCAACCACCCUGCCAAGUGGUGCCAUAAGCUCCCGCAAGAAGUUUCCCUCGAGUUCGGUGCUCUUGCCGAACCUCUCUCUGUUGCCAUGCACGCCCGGGACCGAGGCAACCUCCCUAGCGGGUCGACCGUCCUUGUCUUCGGCGCCGGUGCUGUUGGUCUAUUGUGUGCCGCCGUCAGCAAGGCUGAUCAGCAGAAGGUCGUUAUUGCCGAUAUCCAAGAGGACCGCGUCAAGUUUGCCCUUGACAACGGCUUCGCCGAUGCUGGCAUUGUCGUUCCGGCCAAGCGCCCUCAAACGAUCGAGGACAAGCUGGCCUACGCCCAGGACGUCGCAGGGUUGGUAAAGGCCGCCAAGAUCAACGGAAACGAGGUUGGCGAAGUCAACGCGACUUACGAGUGCACGGGUGUCGAGACCUGCAUGCAAACAUCCAUCUAUGCCACUCGUCCCGGUGGAAAGAUCCUCAUUAUCGGCAUGGGCACCCCAAUCCAGACUCUUCCCAUUUCCGCCGCCGCUCUGCGUGAGGUUGACUUUGUGGGCGUCUUCCGCUACGCCAACACAUACCCCAAGGCCAUCAACCUGAUUGCGACGAAGCCAAAGGGUCUGCCGGCGUUGGAGAAGCUGUUUACACACCGUUAUAAGGGACUGGGCACCAUCAAUGAUGCGUUUGACAUGGCGGCCAAGGUGAAGGAUGAAAGCGGCAACUUGGUAUUGAAGGUUCUUGUGGAUACAUCUAAUUAG